CUGGACAGUAGUUUUAACAACACGAACAAAGUAAAAAUAAACAGGUGUGGCAAUCGAAGCCCAAACUAAACCUCGUAUCUUUUUCGAACCAUUAUCUCGGCAAAUAUAGAUAACCUAGCUAUGUGUAAGACUUUAUCUUGCUGAUAGCGUUCCAGUAACGAUCCGAUCGUCGAGUGGACAACCCUAAGUUCUACUUUCCAGUAAUAGUUUUCCUGUUUGUAGUGAAGUGAAAUAUUAAAGUGCAAUGGCGGGGGUUGGCAGAGGCGACGGGCAAGGGCCAGCGGUCGGAAAACUCGAGUCACAGAUUUAUUGCAUCAAGUAUACUUUGUUCUGCUUCAACAUUGUACUAUGGUUGUUCGGUGCAUCAGUCUUCGCGCUAUGUCUCUGGAUAUGCAUAGAGCCUGGAUUUAACGAGUGGAUGAACAUCCUUCAGCUGCAGAAGUAUUUCAUUGGCAUCUACAUCAUACUCAUUGGCUCGCUGGGCAUCAUGGUUGUCGCCUUCCUCGGGUGCGGUUCAGCGCUCAUGGAAAACGUUAAGCUUCUAUAUGCGUACAUAGUAUCGCAAAUAGCGUCAUUUGUGUUCGGAUUGGUGGGCGCCUGUGUUGUGUUGGACUUCUCUACCUAUGACUCCAGCAUCCAACCUCUCAUCAAAGAUGUUAUUUUAAGGCUAAUGAAUAACCCACAACAUGAAGGCAGUCGGGAAAUCCUUAGGAUGGUACAAGAGGGAAUUGGCUGCUGCGGAGCUGAUGGCCCAAUGGACUACCUCCACCUGAAUAAGCCUUUGCCAUCGGAAUGCCGCGACUCUGUCACCGGCAACGCCCACUUCCACGGCUGUGUGGACGAGCUCACCUGGUUUCUGGAAUCCAAAACUGGAUGGCUGGCAGGCAUUGUUCUUGCUUCUUGUAUGAUUUGCGUAAUAAACGCUGUCAUGUCCAUGGUCCUCAUACAAGCAGUCAAAAAAGAGGAAGAAGAAUCAGUAACGUACAAAAACUGAAACAUUUUAAUUAUAAGAGAAUCUUAAUUUUAGACUUAGGUACAAAGUUAUAGAAAUAGAUUUAUAUAUUUUUUAUAUACUUAUAGAAUAAAAACGACUAAGAAUAACAACGUUGUUAAAAAUAUAAAGCGGAAAAUUAUAUUAUUAUUUUUUAUUUAGGAAAAUUGAAAUGUAAACGUGAUUUUCUGUUCUUGUAGAAGAUUCCUAAAAAUGAAAUACAAACUUACUUUAUGUAAACUUUUUACCACCGUCUAAUAAUGAUAAGUAACCAAAGUGAAAUAAUAUGACAUGUAAGUACAAAAUGUUUUUUUAAAUAAAUAAAUCUGUAUAAACCUGAAA